AUGGCCGGGGCGCUGCUGCGCGGGGUGCGGCGCUUCCCGUGGCUGUGCAACGUGCUGCUCUACGGGGGGCUGUUCGCGGCGGGGGACGCGGCGCAGCAGCUGCUGCGGGGACAGCCGCCCGACUGGGCGCAGACGCGCCGCGUGGCGCUGGUGGCCCUGGCCUUCCACGGCAACUUCAGCUACGUGUGGCUGCGGGCGCUGGAGCGGGCGCUGCCGGGCCGCCGCCCGCCCGCCGUGCUGGGCAAGGUGCUCUGCGAUCAGCUGCUGGGCGCGCCCGUCGCCGUCCUCGCCUUCUACACGGGUAUGAGCAUCCUUCAGAGGAAAGAGGACGUCUUUUCAGACUGUAAAAAGAAAUUUUGGAAUACAUAUAAGACAGGACUGAUGUACUGGCCAUUUGUGCAGCUGUCAAACUUCAUUCUGAUCCCAGUUCACCUGAGAACAGCUUACACUGGCCUCUGUGGCUUUGUCUGGGCUUCCUUCAUUUGCUUUUCCCAGCAGAGUGGAGAUGGCACAGCAAAGUCAGCAUUCAUGUGGCUCCAAGGAGAGAAGGUCAAUGCAGAUGAAGAAUCAUCAGACAAAUAAGAACUUUAGUUCUGAACACAUUCUAAAUUGCUAAACUGGGUUUGUGAAAGUCAGUAAAUUACACUGCAGCCUCAUGUUGUGUUUAAAAUAAGCAGUUAUUUCAACAUUUGGUGGUUAGUAUAAGCAGUGGAACAGUUUGUCUUUGUGCCUGUUUAUUUUUCAUAAAAGAGGCCAGUUGUAUAUUGACAUUUAAUUAUUUUCAUGCUGUCAGCGCAUCUCAUCUGGAAACAACUGACUUACAGGGCAAUGCAAGCAUUUGUACAUCCUGUCAGACUGCCUCACUGGGGGGAAAUAUUAACUGUAAUUUAAUUUUCAAACAACUUGUAAUUGCUAGAAAAAGGAGCAUAGAACAUUAAAUCAUCAGUUGUCAGACUUGACAAUUGUUAUCAAUGCAAGAUUGCUUUGCAGAACAAAAUUUAAUGGAUUCCACAUCUAAAAAGUGGCAUUGAAUUUGUUUCAUUGAGAGGAAACAAAAGUGCUGUGUUUGUAAAGCCCACAUUUCUAUGGGGCCAACUUGUUUUAUUCUACAUGAAAAUUUAUAUAGGAAAUUAAUUAUUUCAUAGAAUAUACAAACCUGGACUAUAUUUGUACAUGUUUUAUCUUAACUGGGAGCAUAAAGAUUACUUUGGUCAGAGCCCUUUGGGGUGGCUGCUGCCCAUUUACCCUUGGGGUCAGUCAAGCAGCCCCUGCAUGGUGGAACCCCCCAAGCACUGCAGGGAGCUUUGGUUCUGUGUGCAGCCACUGCUUCCUCUGCUCCUCAAGGGCCAUGGGAGUCUUGACUCCUUACUCUUUUUAGCUGUUUCAUCAUUCUAAAGAUAAAAUCAAAAUUUUGAUGAGAAAGAACAUAGGAAGGAAGGUAGCAUGAAUGGCAGAAUCCAGCUAUAUAUAUCAGGAACUUCCAUUUUUUCCUCAAAUGGCUUUUAAACAUUCCUAUUCAUAGAAGACACUGGGUACUUAUACAUAGGAGACUAGGAGAAGGUGAAAAAUUAAUUAUGGAUUUGCUUUGUCAGCUUGAGGAUCAGGUCUGGAUACGGGUAUUUUUUUAAAUGGGCAUUUGUACCUCAAAAUAGGAACUGUGCAAAUUUCUAUGGUUGCAGUGAGUUGAAAUCAGACCAGUAAAGGAGCCCUUGCUAUAUUAGAAUGGGAUUUUAUGCCUUGAAGUUACUAAAUUGUAAGCUUGAAAGGUAUCUGAUUUAAUGGGUCUGAUUCUAAAGAGAAGACUCAUCCCUCUGUUACAACAAUAAUAAACCCCUUUGAGGAAUGUCUGAAUUCCUCAGCCUUGUCUAAAUAGUGUACCAAAGCCUGCUUAGGCUAUAAAUAUCCAUUCUUUUGGCCUGCAGCUGUACUACUUAAUAUAUUGCUAACAAUUAUUUGUCACUGUAGGAGCCCAGUGCUGCUUAGCUGAGAAAGGAAAAGGGACCCUGAAAGCACUGCCCAAUCUAUUUCAGGUAAAAUCAACUUGUUUAGCAUUGUUUAGCACUCUUUAGCACUAACCCAGUGCUCAAGAGUGAUGCAAAGUGCCCACAUGGCUUUGAGCAGCAGUGAGAGGAGGGCAGAAGGCAGGGGGCUGCUUGCACAGCCUGCUCUGCUGGCAGGCAGGGGAGGAGGUGCCUUCCCUCUCAGCAUGGACAAGUCACUGCAAUUCCAUCUGCAGCUGCACAGGCAGAUGGGGAAGAGCACACCUGCCUUCAGCCUCGAGGUGGAAAUAAUUUUAAUUGACUUUUGACAGCUCUGGCAUGGACAUGUCCAGCUUGGCUGGUUGGUUUAACUGUGGAUGUUAAGUGUGCACUGAAGGGCCAUUUCUGUCCCCUGGGACAUGGAGGCUCAGAGGAGUGGCUGCUGUGUCAGUAGCUUCCUUGUAGAUAUUUGGUGAGUUGUAUUCCCCUGCUGCAUGAAUCACCAAGAGUGAAUUGAGCAUCCUGAUGCUGGACAUCCCAGCAGGAGUAGGAAUGCACAGAGGAGCUAACUGAAUUUUGUCUGUCUGUUUAAAAAAUGAGUGAACAGAUGUUUCAGACAGCUAUAGCUGUUCAACUCUUCUUGUGUGUAUAAAGUCCUCAGGAUAAAGAAGCAAUUUCC